AUGGCUGAUGAACAAACUAGUAGUGCAGCAGUGCAGUUGCCGACAUCAUAUGAAUGGUAUCGAGAGCAGAUUGCCGGACAUCACCCGUCGGUAGUUACAAAUGGCGUGCAUCAAAUUGGACUUAUAAAGGAAAUUGGUAGCGAAACACUGUUGAAACCUGUACAGGAAGGCGUGCGAGGAGUAUGUGAGGUAGCAUUCUAUAGUAGUUUGAAGCAUCUAAAUGAUGAAAAUGAUGUUUUAACGAGAUUUGCUGUAUUCGUUCCAAAAUUCUAUGGGUUAAAAACAUUACGAGUUGGAAGAAAAGAGAUGGAAUUUAUCGUUAUGGAGGAUUUAGCAUAUCGUUAUAAAUGUCCGUGCAUUAUGGAUAUCAAAAUGGGCAGAGUGACCUAUGAUCCGAGUGCAACAAAAGCCAAAAGAUUAUCCGAAGCGAUAAAGUAUCCUGAACAAGAAACACUUGGCUUCCGUUUAACUGGUUAUCGGAUGCGUUUUGGUCACAACGAAAAUGAUUUACGAAUUCGUGAUAAACAGUGGGGGAGAUCCAGGAAUCUGGAGAAUGUUGUUGACGCCUUUCGUGAGUUUUUAUCUGGAAGACUCAUGGAAAAAAGUUUAGUAGCAGAGCAGACACUGGAGCAGUUAUAUAAGCUUCGAAAGUGGUUCAAUUCACAGCGGGUGUAUCAUUUCUAUGCUUCAUCCAUUUUGCUUGCUUAUGAGGCGUGUGUGGAACGACCACCAAACGUUCUUAUUAAACUGAUCGAUUUCUCUCAUGUCUUUCCGGCAAACGGUGCUAUAGAUGACAAUUAUUUAUUUGGCCUAAACAAUGUGAUUAAUAUAGUAGAGAAAUAUCGGGAUUCAUUCGAUUCUGAGUCAUACAGGAUAGUCUUGAGUUCCGGGAUUAAUUGA